UUUUCUACAAUUAUAGUUUUUAUAAAGAAAGAUUUUGACGGGAAAAGUUUGAGCUGCCAUUGCAACUACUACAGCUUUUGUGUUUAUUAAGCGUAAGACGACAUGCAUCCUGGUGAAAUUGAAGUCAACGAAAUAACUGGCUACUGGUCAUUUUUAUUGAGCAUAGACUGGAAGGAUCCAUGGCUAAUUGGUUUAAUCCUAUUGCAUGUAGCUACCACGAGUACGGCGCUACUUACACGCAAUAAUACAAACUUUCAGGUUUUCCUUUUCUUGUUUCUAUUGCUGGUUGUAUACUUCUCCGAAAGUAUUAAUGAAUACGCAGCAAACAAUUGGCGGACAUUCUCCAAGCAGCAGUAUUUCGAUAGCAAUGGACUGUUUAUUUCAACAGUUUUUUCCAUUCCCAUACUGUUGAACUGCAUGUUACUCAUUGGCACUUGGCUUUACAACUCGACGCAAAUGAUGGCCACGUUGAAGACAGCCCAGCUGAAGGAACGUGCGCGACAACAGCGAAAGAGUGCCGCUGAGACAGCGAAAAGUGAGGGUAAAGACAAGAGCGAAUAGAGUUAGUCCCAGGGGAAAGCAGUCAAGUCAUAAGGUGUCUAAUUAUUGUGUCCUGUGUGCCACUAAAUGUUAUCCUAAGUCCCUAAUUGUAACAAUAAAAGCAAAGCACGU